CGUUCAUCCGUCCGCCACCACAAUGUCCGACUCUCUCGCCGCACAUCAACUACGCAUCACAAACCACGGAAAGAUCAAUGCAUGGGUCCAGUUCGCCUUGCGUUUUCUCCAGGAAAACCCAGACCAACCCUUGGUCUUCCACACGCUGCCUGCGAAAGGCAAGCAGGUCCACCAUGCUCAAGACGACGUGUCCAUAGCCCCUGCAGAAGCCCAGCCCAGCGGAUCGGGGGCCGUGGCCAGCAAGAAACCUCGCAACCACACCUCAAUGUCAACCAUCCCGCGCCUCGUCAGCGUAGUGGAGAUCGUCAAGCGGGAGUACCUCAAGACCCUCGAUCCCGCACUGUCACAAGCGGGGAAGCUCUCUGGCCUCCACCAAUACAAUCACGUCGGCGAGCUCGAGCAAGACGAGCCUGAAGCUUCUCUCAGCCCCGAAGAGGAGAGGCAACAGGCCAUCACUCAAGCCUUGUCCGGGAAGCGGCAUCUCAGACAACACAAAGUCGCCUACAUGAAGGUCACGCUCUGUCGCAAACAGCUGCCGGACUUGGUCGAGGGAGGCGCGACAUACCAGCAGCCGGAGAUCCGUGCACUGUCCAAGUCGGCCAGGACUCGUCUCAAAAAAAAGCUGAAGAAGCCCGAAGCCACGACCUGAGCGCAACCCGUCCGCGUCUGUCCCACAGCUACUCGACGAAUCGACAUGAACGGCAUCCUCACGUCGAGCGUUUAUGCUUUGAAGUUACCGCUCUCAUACGCAUAGGCAUCCGCCCAUGCGCCUUCUAAGUAGCUACGUGUCAAAAGUAGAAGAUUAUUGGAGUAGCUCGAAAGACGACGAAUAUGAUACAUCGCACACGCCUACCAGUGCAUUACUCAGUCCCGUGAACUAUGGAGUAUCGACAUUUCCUUGCCAGACAGCACACCGACAUGUACAGAGCAACUGGCCAGAGCAGCCAUGGCAUCAUUGCAC